AUGACGCAGCACGAUUCGCCCCCAGUAGCAUCCCUCGAGUCUGGUGGACCUGCUAUAGCGCCAGAAGUGGAAGAGCCACCGCAUGAGUUUGUCUAUGAGGUCGUACAGGGGUUCUUCGUCCAAAAUGGACCGGAACCCAAGCACAUUGAAUUUGAAGAUCUCCUGGGAAAGAGUUUCGGGCUGAUAGAUGAAAGCCCCGAUAGGUGGCAUAACCUCAAAGCAUCUAUCGAGGUGCUGCAGAACGAAGCGCCUGCAGGAGUAAUCUACAAAGUACUGUUCCUUGGCAGACACGGGCAAGGCUUCCAUAACGUCGCCGAAUCCAAAUACGGCACCGAAGCCUGGGAAGCCAAAUGGGCCCUCCUCAACGGCAAUGGUGAACUCACCUGGGGUCCCGACCCUUUCCUCACUCCCUUGGGCGUAUCUCAAGCCCAGGCUGUCAAUGACACAUGGCGAAAAGAAGCGCCUUUGGGGGCGCCGGUGAAGAGUGGGGAGAUGAGGUGGUACUGUUCGCCGAUGACUAGGACGGGAGAGACUAUGGAGACGAGCUGGAAGGAUGUGUUGGAGGAGGGUGAGAGGAUUGAGGUCUGGGAGGAUUUCAGGGAGAUCUAUGGAGUGCAUACUUGUGAUAAGAGGUCUACCAAGAGCAUCAUCAAGGAGCGCUUCCCAGCCUUCACUAUCGAAGACGGUCUCACAGAGGAAGACGAACUUUGGAAACCCGAUGACCGCGAAACGGAUGAGCAUAUGCAGUUCAGAGCUCGACGAGCCAUGGACAGACUCUUUGGCAGACGUGGUGCUGGAAAGACCUACAUUUCCAUCACAGGACACUCUGCAAUCUUCCGCAACCUGCUUGCUGUACUCAACCACCAGCCGUAUCCACUUGCAACUGGAGAGAUGAUCCCUGUCGUUGUAAAGGCCACGCACACGUCUAUAGAGAGGCCGAAGGGUUGA